UCCAGGUCCCAAGUUGCGUCACUCAACAACCUUCCUCUCAGUGACAGACUCAGAACUGAUCACUGUCUGGAUGAAGGCCAGUCUCACACGUCUGUUCCACCAUCACCCUGUACAACCACCCAUAUCCACCCACGUGUCAAGACAAUCAGAUAACUCCACCCAUGCCGCGUGUCAGCUCACCUACCUCUCCAAGUCCACUGUCAGUCACUGCUAUAUGAUCCUAUGUUCACCCCCCACCACCACCACCGCGACCGCCACUACGACAGCAAGCAGCGUCAUGGGCCAGGAAAACGACAGCCAAUUGAACCUCGUGGGCUUCUCCAACUUCGUUCGGUCCAAUCCCCGGUCCGACCGGUUCAAGGUCCACCGGUUCCACCACGUCGAGUUCUGGUGCACCGACGCCACCAACUCCGCCCUCCGAUUCUCGUGGGGCCUCGGCAUGCCCAUGGUAGCCAAAUCAGACCUCUCCACAGGCAAUCAAACCCAUGCCUCCUACCUCCUCCGCUCCGGCGACCUCAACUUCCUCUUCACCGCCCCGUACUCCCCCACCCUGACCAGUACCGAUGAUCCGACCCGGCCCAACAACUCCACCGCCUCCAUCCCCACCUUCGACCACUCUGCCUCCCGGGACUUCUCCUCCCGCCACGGCCUCGGAGUCCGCGCCGUCGCCAUCCAAGUCGAUGACGCCGUUUCUGCCUUCACCACCAGCGUCGCCCACGGCGCCAAACCCUCCGCCCCGCCGAUCCUCCUCGGCAACCGCGUCACCGUCGCCGAGGUCCAGCUCUACGGCGAUGUUGUUCUGCGCUACGUGAGCUACUCGAACUCUAGUGACGUCUCGGACUCGAACCCGGACCUCUGGUUCCUCCCCGGAUUCGAAGCCAUGACGUCGUCAUUUCCUCUCGACUUCGGGCUCCGCCGUCUGGACCACGCCGUAGGCAACGUGGAGGAUCUGAAAUCGGCGGUGUCGUACGUGAAAGGCUUCACCGGGUUUCACGAGUUCGCCGAGUUCACGGCGGAGGACGUCGGGACGAGCGAGAGCGGGCUAAACUCCGUCGUUUUGGCGAACAACGAAGAGAUGGUUCUGUUUCCGAUGAACGAGCCGGUAUACGGGACGAAGAGGAAGAGUCAGAUUCAGACGUACUUGGAACACAACGAAGGCGCUGGAGUUCAGCACCUGGCUCUGGUCAGCGAAGACAUAUUCAAGACGCUGAGGGAGAUGAGGAGCCGGAGCGGCAUCGGAGGGUUCCAAUUCAUGCCGUCGCCGCCGCCGACGUAUUACAGGAACUUGAAGAAGAGGGCUGGGGACGUGUUGACGGAUGAUCAGAUCAAGGAGUGUGAGGAGUUGGGGAUUUUGGUGGACAGGGACGACCAGGGCACUCUGCUUCAGAUUUUCACAAAGCCUGUUGGAGAUAGGCCAACCAUAUUCGUAGAGAUCAUUCAGAGAGUAGGGUGCAUGCUUAAGGAUGAGGAAGGGAAGGUUCACCAGAAGGGUGGAUGUGGUGGGUUUGGGAAAGGUAACUUCUCCGAGCUCUUCAAAUCCAUCGAGGAAUACGAAAAGACUCUCGAAGCCAGACAAAUUGCAGAGCCAGCGGCUGCUUGAUUCGCCUUUGCUCAUGAUACUGUGAAAUAAGAUAGUUGCUGAAGCCAGGUUCGUUGCACUCAUUUUAGGGCUGGUAAGCAAGUGUCUAUUGUGUAUAACAGGCUGUAUGGUUGUCACUGUUGGUGUUUUUGAUCUAUGCACAAUGACAUCAAUGUUCGUUCUAAUUAUAUAUGUCAAGUGUAAUCCAUCAUCAACCUGUUGCACUCUGGACAUGUUUGUAAUAAGCAACUUCAAGGAGGAAUAGAGAUCGAAAUAUUAGCGUCUUUUGUUCUUGAUAUUCUUUGUUUGUUGGAUCUUGUAAAAGCUUUGUAAGUUUGGUUUCAAAUAAUUGCAAAAAGGAAUUAGCUAAAUCCAGAUAGAUGCUGGUAGCUACUGUUGAUCCUUCCUUGUUAACUAAUGGAGGAUUGCAGUUUGUUUUUAGUGACGAAAUGCGAUGUGGAAGUUUUAAGUUAUGGUGAAACCGGCAGGAGGUAGCUUUGGAUGUAUGAGUGGUUUGGAUCAUAUGUGAAGUAUCAGGAGGAGGAGGGGUUGAAUGGUCGGAGCAUCAGCAUUCACAGAGGAGAAGACAAGAGGUCAGGGGUAAGGAAGAUUCUGAACCUUUUAUAUCUCAGAUGUAAAUAUGAGCCUCAAAUUUCCAGGUACAGCUCUCGCUGCUGUAACGAAGCUGCAACGGGGCAACUUUAACCUAUUAGUCUUUGACUUGUGGAAAUGAGAUUGGUGUAGAGAUGGGUAACUAACUGCAUGGAAGGAUAGCUAGGAUGCAGAGCCGGGGCUGAUUAUUUUUGCUUCUUUUUGGUAAAUGUUUUGCUUCGAGUCUGCAAUAGCUUUAUUUCUGUUCGUUGUUCAUUCUAUCUGUUCAUCGUUCACUCCAAAUAAUUUGGAAAGUGGCAAGAUCUUCCCAACCUAUGUAACAUCCUCUGAGUUCCCAAGUGUGGAUGACUAAGAAAUAGAGAGAUGAAGGGGAACCUUCAAACUUCGA